GACCAGUAGACUGAUCAAAUUGCGACUCAGAAACAGCAAGGCUAACAGUAAUAUAAUGGGUGGUGGAGCGUCUAAAAAGAAGAGACAAAAACAGAAAAAGAAACGAGCUACAGACCCAGCAAAUGAUGAACCAGUUCCACCUCGUGACUCUGCCAUUAUACCUGAUGUGAAUGCUUCCCAACAAAAGGAGAACUGUCAAGGAUGUUCACAUGAUGAUGAAGAAAGUAAGUGCAGUAUAGAAUGUGCUGCUCCACUAGAAAAUAGACAACCACAAAAUCUAAAUUCUGCUGGACAAGUGGAACAACUAAAUAUUGGAAUGGUAGAAAGAUCAACUUAUGAAAACAAUACUGAAGUGAAACCCCAAGCAGGUGUGCAUCAAGUUACCAGAUCUGAAAGAGAGCGUGAGGGUAAAAAAGUCACAGCCUCCCAUUUAACUGAAAAACACGAAAAGCAGCCUGGAGCUUCAAAAGGGAAACAAAAAUUACUGAUAAUAAUAACAGGAAAACAGGUAGGCACAAUUGUCCUUACCAAGCCGGAUCUGCACUCACAACACCCACCUGUGUGUCCACCUUCUCACAAAAAGCGGCACAAUAUAGAGGAAAAUGAGCUAAAUCAAGAUAUCAUUCCUAAUACUGGUGUACCUGCAAAACACACUGAAGGAAAUGAUCAACCAGAAGAGCGUAGUGAAAGUUCACAUCACAUUGAGAAGAGGACUACAACUGCAAGUACAUCGCAGCAAACGGGAAAACAGGCAAACACAAGUAUCCUCAACAAGCCAGAUGUGCUCAAACUACAACUAACUAUAAUGUCAAUAUGUAUAUCUUGUCACAAAGAACAGAAGGCUUUAGAAGCAAAUUUGCCAAAUCAAGAUAUCAUUCCUGAUACUAGUGUACCUACAAUACUCACACAAAGUAAUCAGCCAGAAGAUGGCAAUAAAAGCCUAAAUCACACUGAAACAAGGUCCACAAUUCAGGGCAUAGCGCAGCAAACAGGAAAUCAGGACAGUGGGCAGCAAUCACCUAUAAUACCAAUGUGUCCACCUUCUAACAAAGAAAAUGAAAAUGUGCUAAAUCAAGAUAUUUGUCUUAAUAUGUGUGUGCCUACAAAAAAUACUGAAGAAGCUGACCAACCAGAAGAUGGCAGUAAAAGCUCACACCACACUGAGACCAGGGCCACAAUUCCGCACACACCACAGCAAAUAGGACAACAGGCAAACACAAGUAUCCACAGCAAGCCAGAUGUGCUCUCACAACAACCACCUACAUUGCCAGUAUGUAUACCUUCUAACAAAAAACAGAAAGAUUUACAAGAAAAUGUGACACAUGAAGCUAUGAUUCCUAAUAUUGGUGUACCUACAAAACACACUGAAGAAACUGAGAAGAAACAGCCAGAAGAAAGCUCAAAUCACACUGAGACCAUGGGCACCAUUCAGGGUAGAUCAAUGCUAGCAGAACAACAGGCAAACACAAGUAACCUUAGCAAGCCAGGUGUGCUCUCACAACAACCACCUGCAGCUCCAGUAUGUAUACCUUCUAACAAAGAACAGAAAGAUUUAAAAGAAAAUGUGACACAUAAAGCUAACCUUCCCAUUAUUGGUGGACCUGCAAAACACACUGAAGAAAGUGAUCAGUCAAAAGAAAGCUCACAUCACACUGAGACCAGGGCAACCAUUCAGGGCACAUUACAGCAGUUUACAGAGACUGGCAAAGGAGAAACCAAAACACAUCUCACUGAGAUCAGCAAACCAAGUAUACAUGAAAUGUGUUCUCAGCAUGAAACAGCACAGCCACAGCUCUUAGAAGUUAUAAAUGGUUCUAUUAAAGAUGCAAAAUUCCCCACUCAACAGCAAACACCAGGAGAUUCAAAUUCAAAUGCCCCGAAGCUCAAUGAAAAACUGGCUUCAACCCACAAAAAACAUCCUAUAAUAGAAAAUAAAACAUACAAACUUGAUGAGGGGAAGAGUCAAGCCACUACGAACUCUGGAAACACAGAUGAACCUCUCUCUGAUAACUCUGGAAUACCACUGUUCACUGUAAACCAAAGAUGUCCUAAUGAGGCUCAUCGCAGACACAAACCUGGCCCUGUACCCAAAGUCAGCAGGUUUGGUGCCCGACCCAACUACCUGUCUGAAGCUCCUUGGAUUACCACAGCCAAAGUUGCAGCCUUUGUGGCACUGAGAGCAUUCGAAGACCGGGAAAAGCAAAUGGAGGACUAG